UGAAAAGUAAGAGUCCUAGUCACAACUCACAACUCACAACCCAACCUUUCUCCUCUUGCACUCAUUCACCCCACUUUCCUUUCCUCAACAAACACUUCAAACACUACACUUUCCCUUACCACACUAUCUUCAUCAACGAUGAAAACAAUAACAUUGUUCAUAAGAGUUGUGUUCAUACUCACCAAUGUCUGUCUGCAUUUAGCAACACCAGAUCACCACCUCAAAACCACCUCCAAGGAACAGAUCCAGUGCACAAUGUGUGCUGCUUGUGAUAACCCUUGCAACCAAGUUCCAUCUCCACCACCACCACCGCCACCUUCAUCAACAAACAACUGUCCUCCCCCUCCACCUCCACCUACUUCCUCCGGUGGUGGAUCAAGUGGUGGUUACUACUACUCUCCACCUCCACCGUCUCAUUCUUACACUUACUCUUCUCCACCUCCACCUUCAUCCACCGGCAGCGGCGGAGGUGGAGGAGGUGGUACUUACUAUUACUAUCCACCACCUAGUAACAGAUACUACGGUCCAACACCACCACCACCUAAUCCGAUUGUUCCUUAUUUUCCUUUCUAUUACUACAGUCCACCGCCCCCUUCCGCCGCGUCUCCUUUAUCUCCCUCUCUCUUCAAUCCAAUUGUUCUCUCAUCAUCUUUCUUGCUUUUGUUGAUUUGAUAGAGAAAAAAAAUGAAGCAAAAAAGGAAAGGAUCGGAAUAACGGCUUAGUUUGCAGAUCUAGAAAAUUCUCAGGGAAGUGUUAGUUAGAGUGAGGAAGACAUCACGAAAUUCCCAAUUUACCCUCCAUGAAGCAAAGCAGGGAUGUGCACGUGUAUGUAUAUGCGAAGUAAUAGAAGAAUAUGUUAAUUUUCUCUAUGAAUUUCUAGUGUAAUAAUAGAAUAUAUUGAUAUAUCAUCUGCAUUUUGUUGACAAUUAAUAUGCAUGGAUACAAUAAAUUGAAGAAAUAAAUUAAUGCUUUACUCAA